UCAUGGGAUUUGCCAUCGCAAGCCUCUUCGCGGCUGCAUCAGCCGCUUCUGGAACUGCCACCUUUUACACUGAAUACGUUCCUUCUGCAUGCUAUGGAUACCAAGACCAGGGAACUAUGAUAGCAGCAGCGGGCGACUCCCUCUGGAACAAUGGAGCCGCCUGCGGAAAAAGGUACAGAAUCAGGUGCACCGGUGGUACCAAUCAGGGCGUGGCUCAGCCUUGCCGGAGCGGAACCGUCACCGUCAAGAUUGUCGAUCGCUGCCCUUCGCCGGGAUGCCAAGCAACCAUCGAUCUCUCUCGCCAAGCUUUUGCUGCUAUUGCUGACCCUGAUGCAGGCAAAAUCCGCAUCGAAUACACCCAGGCCUGAAGCUUCUGGGAGAGGAUGCAAAUCUAGGAAUAUAAUAUGUGGUGUUAAUGGUGAAUAACGCGUACAUCAGAUGAUCGAUGUACGU